AACAUUCCGAAACAAAAUGCGAAUCCGACGGUCACCAACAAUUCAAAAAUAAUCGUUUCCCCUAAUGGCAUAAUUCCUUCCACCGGGAAAUUAUAUGCCGUCUCCCUCACACACUAAAUUUAGCCGUCCCUUUCCCCUCCUUUCCUCCUCCGCCAUUGCAGAGACUCUCUCCCCAACAAACGACCAACAGCUUCCAAUUUCUCCCUUCCUUUCCUCCGUCUAAUUUCUCCCCUAAUUCCACAUCCCGCCGGCUGAGUCGAAUUCUCCUCUUCCCGGCGGCGGGAGCGGGGAAAGUCUUUUGAGCGGCGGAUCCGUUAAUUUGACCGGUGGUUGGCUUGAUUGGAGGUUGGGAGGAGGGGGAAAGAAUGGUGAUGAAAGUUGCUACGCCGCGGAAGGCGUCGAUAGCGGAGGUGAUGCAGCGCGUGUACGGGAAUUUCGGUUCCGGGAGCGACCAUAACCGGGGCAGGAACCGGCACCAGCCGAAGUAUUUCCUUGACGAGAUGGACAAUGAUUUCGAGGAGGGAGAAGGGACGAUGGAGCUGGCUCAGAUUGGGGCGGAGCGGACGAAGACGGUGUUGAUUCUCAUGAGCGACACCGGCGGCGGCCACCGGGCUUCCGCCGAGGCCAUCCGCGACGCCUUUAAGAUCGAGUACGGCGACGACUACCGGAUAAUUGUGAAGGAUGUAUGGAAGGAGUACACAGGGUGGCCAUUGAAUGACAUGGAGAGGCAGUACAAGUUCAUGGUGAAGCAUGUGCAGCUAUGGAAGGUGGCAUUUCACACCACAUGUCCUAAAUGGAUCCACAGCAGCUACCUUGCCGCCAUUGCUGCCUACUAUGCCAAGGAGGUGGAGGCUGGUUUAAUGGAGUACAAGCCUAACAUUAUCAUCAGUGUCCAUCCAAUGAUGCAACAUAUUCCUCUAUGGGUUCUGAAAUGGCAAGGGCUGCAGAAGAAAGUGGUUUUCGUUACAGUUAUUACCGACCUCAAUAGUUGCCAUCCUACAUGGUUUCAUCCUGGAGUCGACAGAUGUUAUUGUCCAUCAAAGGAAUUGGCGAAGAGGGCUGCAAUGGAUGGUUUGGAAGAGUCUCAAAUCCAGGUUUUCGGCUUGCCAAUCCGGCCUUCUUUUGCCCGUGCAGUUUUCACCAAGGAGGAACUAAGGGAAGAGCUUGAAAUGGAUCCUGAUCUUCCAGCCGUUUUGCUAAUGGGCGGUGGUGAAGGUAUGGGACCUGUCAAGAAAACUGCACUAGCUUUGGGAGAAUCACUGUAUGAUAAAGAACUAGGCAAACCGAUUGGACAAUUGGUUAUCAUAUGUGGGCGUAACGAGGUUCUUAGAUCUACAUUGCAGUCCGCGGAUUGGAACAUCCCAGUCAAGGUUAGAGGAUUCGAAACCAAGAUGGAAAGAUGGAUGGGAGCUUGUGAUUGCAUAAUCACCAAGGCUGGACCCGGGACGAUUGCAGAGGCAUUGAUUCGAGGGCUUCCUAUUAUUCUCAACGACUACAUUCCUGGACAAGAGAAGGGCAAUGUGCCUUACGUAGUUGACAACGGUGCAGGCGUCUUCACCAGAAGUCCUAAAGAAACAGCGAGGAUGGUGGCCGAAUGGUUCACAACCAACACCGACGGACUGAAAAGAAUGUCGGAGAACGCGAUGAAGCUAGCACAGCCAGAGGCCGUCUUCGACAUAGUGAAGGACAUCCACCAGCUCUCUCAAGAACGCGGCCCUCUAGCCAACAUGCCCUACGUAUUGACAUCUUCAUUCACAAGCCUCGUAUGAUCAUAAUAAUCUUUCUUCAUCAGGAUCGGAUCCAAAGGUGUGCCUUCUCGCUCCCCCCUGCUCGAAAUAUGCAGUGUGUAUAGGUACUGCUAGUCUUCUAACUCUCGCCAUUCUUUGUCCUUAGACGGUAAACACCGAAACAUGGUGUCUGAAAAGAAAAAGAAAAAAACAUAUGUACCAAAAUGGGAAAAGAAAGGGAGGAGUUUCUUGGUAAGGAAGUAAUAGAUGGAAAAAGGGUUUGAUUGUUGUUGGCCAAUAAUUUUUUUUGGUUCUCCAUUGUUGGAACAGGGGUUUCUUCUUGAGGUUUUCUUAGAGUGCUCGCAUAGUACAAAAUCCAUUUUCAGCUGAUCUCAUUUGCUUGGAUUCUCAGCCUCCCUGUAAUAUUUCUAUAUCAGUUUGUAUAUAUUUGCUUGUCUAGG